AAUGUUGUGAUAACGGUGAUGAUACCAUUUGUGAUACCAUUUUUUUUGUAACACCGUCCUGUCCUCGCGACGAUUUGAGAAAUGUGGAGAAGUGGGUUAACUUAACACGGACCACAACACUGGCACGGUCGGGCCAAAAUUGUACUAAACUUGGCACAGAUUCUCCGGCAGCUUAUGUUAACAUCCCAUUCCCCUUAAUUUGGCAAAUGAACUCUAUGUGGACCGUUGACGACAGCUCUGUGGGACACACACAAACACACACACUGCAGCAGCAAAGUCACAAUGUUUAACUUCCAGUCCUAUCAGCAUUAGUGCUACAAUAUUACGAUAUACACCUAGCUUAGUUAUGAGUGUUUUAACAACUUUCUAAAAAAGAAAAAAAAAAAGCUGUUCAGGUAAAGCAGAGUUAUUCGGCAUAUAAAACUGUAUUCUAAAAAUCAAUUUUAUGACAAAAAUUCCCUCAAUAAACUAAUUGUAACGUGUCAAAGUUUCAAGCUAGGUCUAAUGUUUACCUGUCGGGUUAAUUCUCCAGUAGCCUAAACAAUAAAUUGAAUAAAUUAGGCUAUUAUCUUCAGUUGGGAAUAUUUUCAUAAAAUGUGCCUUAUCUUCUAUCUUAGAUACUAUUUAUCUCUGUGAUUUAUUUCAGGAACUUUGAAAGAGCAUUUUAAUGCGAGUUCAUGUUGGUUUCCGCGCUACAAUGUGUCUGACAAGCUAAACAGAUCUAUAGUUUGUUUUUGCUGUGGACCGCAGACGCUGCGCUGAACGAUCUAAACUGGAUAAAGGAGUAAGCGCAUGUUGUUGACCCGGAGCUCGGGGGGGGGUAAAGGGUGCCAGAGCUGCGGAGGGAAAUGUUCCCUUUCCGUCUCUAUAUAUGACCGAGGCUGUGGUCCAAAGUCCCCGAAGCUUAUAAAAAAAAUCUGCUGGAAUGAGGGGGUAAAUGAAUUGUACGCUGUGUUUUCAGAUAGCCGAGGAGGCGAAGAAGGCGCUGGAUGGUGGAUAGGGGUUGUGUGUUUGGAGGAGGAGGAGGAGGAGGAGGAGUGUGACUGUGUAAUUACGUGGGUGAAAAAAAAAAAGAAAAAAGUUUGGGUCUGAUUUGCUGGAAUCGCGCAGGACCGAAGGUGCACUGGUCGAUUUCAUAUCACGUUUGGUUAAAGCAGGGCUGAACAUCACACACUCGGCGCCCACUGAAGCUCCCCACAAUGCUUUUAUGAACGAGAUAUCAGAGCAGCGAGACGCGCAAAGAGCCCUUGUAGUAGAGGAGUACGCAGCAGCCCCGUUUGCACCGGCUCUACGAGUAGAAUCAGCAAGUGCUUACUGUGCAUGUCAACUUUUUAAAAAAAACAAACAAAAACGACAAAAUCUCCUGCAUUAAAUCUCCUUAUCUCUGCGGAGACGACACGCUUUGGAUCGCAAAAAUUCAUGGAUGUUCUUGGAUAAUCUCUUACUGUUGUACGCGGAUAGCUGCUCCACAGUCUUGCACGGUGCACAUCGGUCCAGGAAUGGCGCGAUAAAGUGAUCAGAGGAAUCAAUCCAAGUACAUUCACUUUUUUGUGUGUAGCCGUCUCGUCAUGUAUUCUCCGAUUUGUCUCACUCAGGAUGAAUUUCAUCCCUUCAUCGAGGCACUUCUUCCUCACGUCCGUGCCAUUGCCUACACAUGGUUCAACCUCCAGGCCAGAAAGCGCAAGUACUUCAAGAAGCACGAGAAGCGGAUGUCCAAGGAUGAGGAGCGUGCGGUGAAGGACGAGCUUCUGAGCGAGAAGCCCGAGGUAAAGCAGAAAUGGGCAUCCAGGCUGCUGGCCAAGCUGCGUAAGGACAUUCGGCAGGAGUACCGGGAGGACUUUGUCCUCAGCGUGACGGGCAAGAAGCACCCGUGCUGUGUGCUAUCCAACCCAGACCAGAAGGGCAAAAUCCGCCGGAUCGACUGUUUGCGGCAGGCCGACAAAGUUUGGCGUCUGGACCUGGUGAUGGUCAUCCUCUUCAAAGGCAUCCCCCUGGAAAGUACAGACGGGGAACGCCUUGUCAAGUCUCCACAUUGCACCAACCCAGCACUUUGUGUCCAGCCACACCACAUAACAGUAUCGGUCAAGGAGCUGGACUUGUUUCUGGCAUACUAUGUCCAGGACCAAGACUCGCAGCAGUCAGGAAGUCCCAGUAACAAUGAGCCAGGCAAGAACCCUCUUCCAGUCUACUUGGAAGACAGCUUCAUCAAAUCAGGAGUCUUCAGUGUUACAGAACUGGUGCGAGUGUCCAGAAUGCCCAUCACCCACGGUGCAGCCGUUAACUUCUCCAUGGCCGACAUGCCCAGCCAACCCUACUAUCAUGACCUGAACUCCAGUGUGGGGCUGCAUCGCUCCCUGUCCUCCCCUCCCGGCAGCAAAAGGCCCAAAACCGUCAACAUGGACGAGAACAUGGACACCAGCCCGACAGGACCUGACUUCUACUCGUCACCCAGCUCACCAGCCAGCAGUCGGGCAAACUGGCACGAUAGAGACGGAGCAGACAUGUCCUCUCCUACCAUGAAGAAGCCAGAGAAGCCGCUCUUCAGCCCCACCUCCCCGCAGGACUCUUCACCACGACUCAGCACUUUCCCUCAGCCUCAUCACCCAGGCCUAACAGGUGUAGGACACAGUGUUAUAUCGACGAGGAGCCCACCUCCACACUCGCCCCUGCAAUUCUCGGCCUCAGCUAUCCUGCCCCCGGCGCCGUCACCCUACUUCUCACACACCACCAUCCGCUACCCGCCCCACCUCAACCCUGCUGAUCCCCUCAAGAGCUACGUGCCGUCAUACGACCCGUCCAGCCCACAGAGCAGCCAGCCUAACAGUAGUGGUCAGGUGGUAGGAAAGGUCCCAGGCCACUUCACCCCAGUUCUGGCUCCCUCCCCACACCACGGCGCUGUGCGACCCGUCUCGCUCUCCAUGCCCGACACCAAGCCCAUCACCACAUCCACAGAAGUGAUGGCAUGUUACCCAGGCUACUCAGCCCCUGGCACCCCGACGGCUAACCGUUUUGUAGGCCUGAGCCCUAGAGAUCCCACCUUCCUCCACCAGCAACAGCUGAGGAAGUGUGACUGGAGCGUGACUCAAAACGGCAGGCAUUAUGGCCCCAGUGCCACUGACGACACUUUGGGGAUUACUUGGCAAAGUCCUGGUACCUGGGCGAGCUUAGUUCCAUUCCAAGUGUCGAACGGGACUCCGAUUCUGCCAACAAAUGUCCACCAGAACUACAGCAUAAACAUCAUUGGUGAGCCCCUGGUCCCUGCUGAGACAGGGAACUGAAUACACAGAGGCCGGAUGACCCCCAGGGUGGAUGGGUGUUGGUGGUGCAGAGCUAGCACUACAGGUGUCCGCAGCCAUGGAUGAAACCAGCAAAGCAGCAUGAGCUGCACAAUCGUCCCCUCCCCCCGACCACCCCCCCACCCCCCAUCCCCAAUGUCCCUCCCCACUCCCUUCCCUCCCCGUGAAGGACACUGGCCGUGAAGUGAAGACGAGGGUUGGUUCAGAGGAAAGAAAAGAGAAAAAGCUUCAUGUCUGCUGUCUCCUCGCCCGAGCCCAGCCCACGCAUCCACCAGUCAGUUGUUGUGUUUGCAGAACUUUUCAAUCCAUUCAAAUACUGUGAUGUAUAGAUGCCUUAAUGUUUUAUUGCAUGACACUCUAGUCUCUUAGCGGCAAUUCCUACUAUUUUUCCAUGUUGGGGGAAGAUGUAAAAUCUUGAUUUACACACACACACACACAAGUGAAGAGGUCUGCGUAUCGACAACCUCUGCCUGGUGGAUGGCUCCGAGACGCUCCGACUUUUGAAAAGAGGCUUUCCCACGUCAAACGAUUCACUGUGUACACCAUAGGAACAAAAAAUUGUGAAUUCAGAGUGUUUCUUCUUCCGUUUGAUUUCAGUUUACUGUGAUACGACUCUUUGUUCAGAAAAUGUGUUGACUUUUACUUCUUUACUGCUACUUACUUCAUAAAUUAACGUAAACACUUACGGUUAGAGUUUAGAACUCUCCAUGCGGUUUUCGAAAAACACUAAAUGUCAGGCUUGAGAUUGGACCCCUCAUUAAAGAAUUUGCAACUCCUUUACAAAAGGAUUUAAAAAGACAGAGAAUAAGAAAAUCUCAAUAGAGGCAAGUGCAAUUGAAUUUUUGAAGGGAAGCUAUCAGUCUGUCAGCCCUAAGACUCUAAAGGAAGGGGGAUAAAUAUUAAAUGGUUUUAUGGGUAAAAUGUUUAAAGAAACAUUUGAAUUUGAUUUCAGUCACAUAUCCGUCUCCUCACAUGAGAAAAACAUCAAGCGUGAAAGGCAGUUGAAGGCAAGCACUAAGCUACCUGUGCAGCGCUGAGCAAAACCAGCACUUCUUUUGAGCCCUUCCCAUCAUUAUGGGGAGUUUUUAAUUUAUUUUGGGGGGAAAAUAACCGAACAUAAGCAAAGAAAUGAGACACACAUAGUGUGUAAAAAUGGCAUUUCUUUUUCUUUCUUUCUUUUUUAAAUGUUCACGAUAAAUUCAAGAGGAUAUGCAUUUGGCCAUCAGCUUCUAAAGCUUAUGUUUACAAAAAAAUAUAUGGGAUGCAAAGUGUUAAUUCAUGGAAAUGUACAAUUCAUGCAAAUGUACAGUAGGCUUAUGUGUAAAGCUAGUUUGUGCAAGGUUAACUCUACAGUGGAAGAGGUUGAAAACUGAAAUUAUGAAUCCAGGUGGUGGCAAAUCCCUGAAAUCUAGAAUUGUGCACGGCAUGUUCACAGCCAUUGCCUCUCCAGUCCAGACAUAUUUAUACAAGGAAAAUCUCCAGUACUCUUAAUUUGCACGAUGACAUAUAGUCCACAUUACGUGCCUUGCCUUUGAAUAUAGAGACAUCACUACACUUGUUUUUGCUGCAUUUAUCAUUAUAGAAAAAAAAUAACAUUUUUAUGAUAAGAAUUGUUUUGUACUCUGAAUGAAAUUAUUGAUUUUUAACUUCAUGUACUACUCUAUCUCACACAGUUACAUUGCAUAUCAAGGCUGUGUAUAGUUGCCGUUUUAAAGUUUGUAAUCAACCAGCAUUUUUUUUCCCAGUAUUUUGGUGGUUUUUCUAAUAACCUUUCAUCUUUUGUUUUCCUUAUUUUUCAAUGCUCCUUUUGUUCAUCUUCCUGUCACUAUUGUGGAGGGUGGAAUUCAGAAUUAUGAAAAUUAUGCAAUACCAAGUUUUGCCUAUGUAGGUAGUGCUUAUAGAUGCGUCAAUUAUUAGAGGCUAGUUUGGAGAUAGACAAUAUUGUAAUGCAUUUAUUUUGUUGAUAUCGUUGUUUGUCGUUGUUGUUGUUGAUGAUGUUGUUGUUGUUGUGGGUGUUUUCCUUUUUUAUUGACCAAAGUGGGGACUGCUUUCUAUGCAGUGUAUGACACGGUCUUUUUUUUUUUCUUCUUUCUUUUUAGCAUAUAGGCCUACCGAAUGACGGUGAGACGUGUUCCAGUGUAUUUUGAAUUCGGGAGUUUUAGGGGGAGGGGCGGUAUUUAAGUACUUAUAAAAAAAAUGCACCCUUGGUCUUUCUACGGCUGCAAAGUCACUGAUUGGUCUACUGUGACUCUUACUUUCAACUUUCCACCUGGGGUGCUAGCAUGUAACCUUGAAGGAGCUCAUUUUUCACAGGAGAGACGGCUUGACUUGAGUAUGACAAUCAUUUUAAGAAAUCGUUUUGCGUAGAACCCCAUUCUGUCAUAGAUCCCCUAAAGCUGCAACUGAGGACGGAUGCUGUUGCGCGCUUUUAUCGAACACUACGCCGUACUAUUCUAGACGUCAUCGAAUGCAAUUCCCAAGUAGAUGCCUUAAACACAUCAGUGAAGUGGCCUGUGACCUGCGCAACAAUCACACACCGACUAAUGCUCGUGAGACCUGUCCAAAUCAGUUGCAGACAGGCUCAAGCAAGCCUUUAGAAAAUAUUUUAUAAGUAGUAGAUUUGUAUAAAUGUAUAUACGAUAUGCACAUAUGUCAAUUCCUGAGAUACUUCCCCAGCAGAGCCCCGUAGAGUUAUGUUGAAGUAAAUAUUGGACCACAGAAGCACGGUGUUUUCUAACUUCCUGUCUGGUGGCCCAGUAGAGGCUUAAAUAGAAUCCACUAGAAGAAAAAUAUAGCACUUAAAUAGCACAUAGGCAAUCGUCUUCUUCCCCGUACAGAGUUUUGAUCCUAGUCUUAAACUAAAUCUCUCAGGCGUAUUAUAGGGCAUUAUUUAUAUCAAUCAUUAUCUUACCAUUUCUAAUGUUAAAAAAUAAAAGACUUUUCUCACAGAGAGAGCAGCGCCUCCAUUGCUGCUAUGACACCUUUUGCACUCUUUCCCUACAAUCGUGAAAGAAAGAAAUUUCCCUCGGAGAGACGGUACUACCGGCAGCUCUCCACCGUAAGCAGAGGGCUAAGAAGCAGAAAACGUUUUUCAAAAAAAUAAUCCUCAAGUCAAGCUCAAUCUCUCCAUCUUCAUCCAGAUUUCUUAUGCAGAAAAUUUUUUUAAAAGUCACCCCGUUCUAUGUGCACUGUUCUGUCUUUUUUAGUUGUUGUUUUAUUCUUUUCUUCUUCUUUUAAAAGAAAAACUAUAAGUGCUUUGCAGCCUUUGGCCAUUGGAAACCCCACUGAAGUGCAUUGUCCCCAAGUGUGUUUGUGAGUGUGUGUGUGUGUGUGUGUGUGUGUGUGUGUGUGUGUGUGUGAGAUAAAAAUGUGUCAGGGUCACUGUGCUGUUAGUGUUUAUUUGAAUAGGAGACUGUACAUAAAGGUAAAUAUCCUGAUUGCGUCGAGAGCAGUAGUCUGUGGGGUUGAACUCUGCUUUGGCAGCUUUGGGCGUUCGUGUGCGUGCAUGUGUGUGUGUGUGACUUUGUGAGUUGGGUGUGUGAUCGAGUGCCUCUGACACUACACAGUGAGAGAAGAUGAGGGUCUUUCUUUUGAAAAAAGCCUGUCGUAGGACAGGAGUUUGUACACUGUAAACUUUCUCGAGAGUUCUUCUCUUAAGCCCUUAUUGGUAACUCUUCAAUUCUGGGGGGAAAUGAGUCAAUUCCAUUUUAGGAAAAAAAAAAUUCAAUUUGGGUUUUUGUUUAUUUGUUUCGGAGGCUGGAUUUGAGUUAGAACUCUCCAGGUUUCCCUGAUUAGUAGAAUCUAAAGUGUUUUCAUCAGUUGUUGUAUUCCUGUAUGUAAAGUCAAAAAAAGGGGGGAGAAAUAUUCUAUACAGAUCCAUAAUUAUUAAAACAACAACAACAAUGAAGGCUUCUUUAUUUUUAAUAUUAUUAUUUCUGAUCUUGGUUAGUGCUUAGAUAUUUCCAUUUUGGAAACACUUCAUGAAUAUUUGAAUUGUUGUUCUUUCAAUAGUGUGGCCAUAGCGAGUGUGAUGUGAUUUAUCUUUUUUUGGGGUGGUGGUAGGGGAAAUGGAUGUGAAUUCUUGUCCAACAAGAUCGUGGUGUGAGUGUGUUUCUUGUAGCAGCUGGGAGGUGAUGUCACUUAACCAGUAGAAAAGGCCCCAGAUUGCACCUGACCUUAAGCGAGAAGCAGGGUAAAACGUGACAAACGUCCUUGAUGAAUCUAUCAGAUAGUUGUUGUUUUUGGUUUUGUUUUUUGGUUUCUUUUCAGAGGAAAUGUCGCAAGACAAUGUUGAGCCGUCUACUUGGUUCAUAUGCAGACCACACUAAAACAAAUCUCUUUAAAGAUCAGUAACAGCAUCUAGGCAUCACUCAUUUUGCACAUUCCACAUGCUGUCUAUGCCUGAUGUGAUGUAGGAAUCCCUUCAUUCACACUACAAACAAACAUUACAUUAAUUGCGGGUGCUUCAGAAUAGGGUAUAGUACCUUCCAGCUGAUAACAGGUAGUCUAUUUGGGCAUAUUUCUGUUGCUACACAGGGUGUGAAUGUAGCCUGUCAAAAAGCUCUUGAAACUUUAUGAAAUUUGAAUCAGUGUUCCACCCAUUAGCAGCUUCAAGAGCCGUAUUCAAGACAGAUUUUGACUCUCACAACGACAUUAUUUUAGAAAGUAUUAUGUCAUUGAUCACUGCGAUCAUCGAGAAACAGGACAACUUCAUGCAAGGAGGACCUGUGGCAUUCAUGCAAUAUGUGUGAUUUUCCUUUUUAACUGAAAGUCACGCAUUCUGUAGGGACUGAGAGGGCGUAUACAUGCAGACUUAGAGGAAGCAUUAAAACUUCAUUUUCAUCCUACAUGAGCAAUACACGACUUCCAUACGUUGGCUAGCUGCUAGUCACUUGGCAUCAGGUUGUUAUAAAACAUGAAAAACCAGCAUUUUUACAGGAUGUAACAUUCACCAAAAGAAGACAAAAAGAUAGCAAUGCAGUGCCUGUUCAAGCUGUCCAAGUGUCUGUUGUAUAUAAUUGUAAAAUGUGAUAGACUUACUUUCAUAUGUGACAAGAAAAACACCACCACACCGAACAGAAUGUGGCAAACUCAUCUGGAAAUAUGCUCUUUAUUACUUCUUUGAUGUUUUUGGAGCUUUUUUUUGUGAUUUAUUCAUUUUCAAAUUAUCAAGCUUGUUCAAAAUUUGAGAGGAAAUGUUCACUCUUUUUUUUCCUUUUAUUUCUUUCUGGGAGGGGGAGUGGAGCGGGGGGGUCAGUGCUACAAUAAGCGCAGUGAAAGGAUGAAAUAAUGUCUUUUCCUAAGAAUAGUCACCAGUUUUCUCUGCAGGACUGAUUUAUUUUUGGGUCUUGUGGCACUUUUACUUCCCUCUGCGCACACAUUUCUACUUCAUGAAUCAUGGUGGAAUUAUAUAUAACAAACAACAACAACAACACCAACAAAACAAUAUGUAAACAGUCUCCAGUAGUGAUUGUAGUUACACUGCAAGUGUGUGCAAAGGUCUAUGUAUGUAUCUGAAUGUACGUUUUAGAGGACUUUUUGGAAACCUUUUAUGUUUUUUAUCUUUUCAUUGACAGUUUAGGAGCCACAGGUGUCCAUUGUGAACUGUAUAGCGAAGGCCUUGAUAUCCCUUCUUUUAUUGAUUUUAGAAACGCCGAGCAUCAGGCGAUGCCUUCAAGCUGGUUACAUUUGGUGCAGGGGCUAAAAUUGCCACAAGAUUAAAAUCAGUGUAAAUAAAGGCUCAACUUUUUGUGAUUGUUACUGUUAUAUCCAGCCUAUACUGCUAGCAGCUGUUUUUACUGCAGUCAAUUACUGGAAGUGGAUAUAUUUCCUAUGCAAAACUGUUUAAACAAUAAAAUGAGCUAUGCUACAAAAACGA